CAUCGAGGACCACAAUCCAGAUCCUGCCUCCCUGCGCAGAUCGCUACUAAAACUGCGUAAAACAGCUGCUUUCGUGGCUGACGCCACCUUGGACGCGAAUCAACUAGCAGCACGCGCCCUUGCGGCUCAGAUCGUUGCCAGACGGACCCUCUGGCUUCGUCACUGGCAGGCUGACUCUACUGCCAGAGUUAAUCUUUCAUGAGCACCUUAUGCAGGCUCAUUACUUUUCGGGGAAGAGGCAUUAAGGGCAGUGCUUGUCGACCCUAAGGACACUCGAAAGCCUGUCUUGGCCACCGUCAAAAACGUCGAGCGCAGACCCUUUAGGCGUUUCGCUUCAUAUCGCAUGUCUCAGCCCUUUCGGGGAACCCGGCCCGGGGGACGAGGCCGUGACUUCCCAGCAUUUGUAUUCCGCUGGUGGACAAGGGUACAACAUCUCACCCAAGGCACUCCGUUCAGAGAACCCCACCGGACUGUCAUUACCACCGAUGCCAGUCUCCUGGGUUGGGGAGCCCACUGCAACUCCCAGUUCGUUCAGGGAGUUUGCAACACAGUAGAACAAACUCAAAACAUCAACUGGCUGGAACUAAAGGCUGUCCACUUAGCUCUGCUUCAUUUUCAGUCUCUCUUCCACUUGGACCAUGUCCUCAUUCGAACGGACAACACGUGUGCCAAAUCUCAUUUAAACAGACAGGGAGGCACCAGGUCCAGACCUCUACAGAGCCUAGCUUCCAUCAUAUUCGACUGGGCAGAACAACAUCUGCAAUCCCUCAAAGCAGAACAUCUCAGAGGAAUUUGGAAUUUCACAGCAGACUGGCUCAGCAGACAACAAGUCUUUCCGGGAGAAUGGAAACUUCAUCCGACUGUGUUCCAUCUUCUCCAGCGUCGAUUCGGCCCCUUCUCAGUCGACCUCUUUGCUUCCAGUCGCAAUUGCCAGCUACCCAGGUACUUCGCUCGAUACCUGGACACGACAGCGGAAGCGGUGGAUGCUCUGUCAUUGCCGUGGCCGGAGGGACUAUUAUACGCCUUCCCUCCAAUACCACUAUUAGCCAAAACCUUGCAGAAGGUACGUCGCGAGAGGGCACAGCUGGUUCUGAUAGCACCAUAUUGGCCCCGUCGACCGUGGUUCUCGGAUCUCCUGGCACUGUCGGUGACAGAUCCCUGGCCACUCCCAGUCAGGCCAGAUCUCUUAUCACAAGGCCCAGUAUGGCAUCAGGACCCCAAGUGGCUCAACCUAACAGCGUGGCAUUUGAACGGGGACAUUUGAGAUCGGCCGGCCUGUCAGACGCUGUUAUUGACAUUAUUUUGGCCUCAAGAAGACCAUCCACCACUCGUAUAUAUCAGCAUACUUGGGUAGCGUUCUCCAGGUGGUGUCAGUCUCAACACAUUGAUCCUUCCAAGGCUACAGUACAACAAGUGCUGCUAUAUCUUCAUAGGGGCCUCAUGUUGGGACUUAGACCCAACACAUUACGUCGACAUGCGUCCACCCUGUCGUCCAUUCUUUCAGUAUCUUCCACUGACGCCCCUAUUGCCUCACAUCCGUUUAUCAAACGCUUUCUUAGAGGCACUGCUCUACGCUCGCCGGCUGUAGCUCACCGUUUUCCAUCAAGGAGUUUGUCAAAGGUUCUACAGGCCUUACAACAUCCUCCGUUUGAGCCACUCAGGACUGUGCCUUUACGUCUGUUGUCUUUCAAGGUCCUGUUCCUGAUUGCGAUUACAUCGGCGAGAAGAGUCUCGGAACUGGGCGCAUUGUCUUCUGCUCGCCACCUCUGUGUCUUUCACAAGGAUUCUGUUGUGCUGAAAACUGAUCCUUCAUUCCGUCCCAAGGUCAAUUCAGUUUUCCAUUGCAACCAGGACAUUGUUCUACCUUCAUUUUGUCCGAAUCCUACUCAUCCGCUCGAGAAGGCUUGGCAUUCGUUGGAUGUUCGGAGGGCUCUCAAGACCUACCUGUCCAGGACCCAGGAUAUACGACAGACUGAGUCUUUGCCCGUUGGCCUUUUUUCCUGCAUGUUUAGAUAUAUCUCUUUGGACUCGCUGCGAAUGAACUGGAGAGUGGGAGGGGCCUGACGCCCUAGUCUUGACUUCAGAAACAUUCUUGCCUUUGGACGAUAGGACGAGCUAUAAUCCAGCAUGAUGGCAUUCUCCUAUGAAAAUCACCCUUCAGGUGAGACCAAUGGUCCAUUUUCAUUUUUCAGUUACCCUCCCUUUGAUUGCUGUGCAUGGGAAAUUCAUUGUGCCAGCUUCAGGACUGUCAUAGUUUUCUUGCCAUUCUGAAGGUAUGCUGAGGGAACA